ACAGUCGUCUAGGGAUAAGCAGGUUAAACAACCUCCUCCUUUUUUUGAAGUCGGUUAAAAAGUAUUAGUAGUACUAUUUAAAAAAAAUAUACAAACAUGUGGCAAUUGUAUUCAUUGUUUAUUAUAAUUGCGAGAGUAUCAUCAGACUCGUCACCACAGCUGGCGCAGUGGGGCUCGUCAAUAGACGCGCUGAUGCAGCGACUGCAGCGAGACUCCUGGGAGCGCGAGGAAGCGCCAUGCUUGCAGAGCACGCUCACACUCUUGCACAAUGUCAAGAACCACACGCUGUGGGCUUCUUGGAUUUGGAACGCCAAUUCCCUCAUCACAGGCAACAUGUACAGUUCACAUUCAAACUUCGGAAACUUCGACCAGUGCAUGAAGCCGCCGUGGCUUCACACCCAUCCUGAACUCAAGACCAAGUACUGUAUUGGAAAGAUGGCGAUACCAGGCGAGGUGAAGGACAAGCCUGAGUACGAUCCUUAUGGGUCUUCGGUGGAGUAUCUUAAUUCUCCAACGCUAUCAGGCUUACCAGUGAACGUAGUACUAUGGGGUCUAUGCGUGCCGGCGUCAUGCGGCGCUCGCGGCGCGGCGCGUCUCGCCUCGGCGUUGUGUGAUAUCAACGCGUGCGCUCCUGGUUCACCCGAGUUGGUAGUCGACCACUGCCAAACUGCUGGAGAUAAAAUGGAGUAUAGUGCUGGAUUUUAUGUGUUUAUAAUAUUAAUAGUAUCGUUGAUACUAAUAGCAGUAGCAUCUACUUACUAUAGAAGUCAUAUAGCCAAUGAUGAUCAACCACCAGAUAGUAUAGAAACAAUAAUAACAAAAUCGUUCUGUUUGAAGAAGAAUCGUGAUGACUUAUUGAAGGAGAAUAAGGAAGAGAUCAGCGUGAUGAAUGGCAUGAGGUUCCUCACAGCUGUGACUGUUAUAUCUGUACAUCAGAUGUUUUAUAUGGUCAUGCUGGGGAUAGCUAAUGGACAGGAUUAUGAUAAGAACCUCGAAGGAAUAGGAGGGAUAUUUCUUCACGUUGAUGUAAUCGUUGACACAUUCUUCGUCAUGUCUGGACUUCUCCAUAUCAAAGGUUUGAUGGCAAACCCCAAGAGACAGCAGAAUUUGUUCAGCGUUUUAUGGAAACGUUACGUGAGAUUAAUAGGACCCUUCGCACUAAUAAUCUUCUAUUUGAUAUCGGUGUCAAAGCACACUGGUUCUGGACCGGUCUGGAUUUGGGGCAACAAAUUAGAAGGAGACAUUUGUUCUGAGACUUGGAGAGGAAGCUUGCUGAUGCUCAACACUGAUCCUAAAUAUAUUUGCCACGCAGUAACCUGGUACGUACCAUGUGACUACCAGCUCGCGAUCUUGGGAACUCUUCUUUUCUACUUCUACAAGAAGGACAGAAGACUUGGUUUUACUGCCUUCGGAACCGCUGCAGUCUUGUCUCUGAUCAUACCAGCAGUUCUCACGUAUUUGUACCAACUGCCUGUCGUGCAUUUUACGGAUUUGGGCAAAUUGCUAAACCAAUUGCGAAAUUAUUGGGAGAUUAGUUACACCUACACCCCGAGCUACAGUCGCGCUGGAGCCUACCUCGUCGGCGUCGCCAUGGGAUACCUCAUGACUCUGUACAAACCUGAUGAUUAUAGGAAGUCUGUAUCUCUGACACUAUCCAUACUUGGAACUACACUAGCCCUGGUUACAAUGGUGCUUGUAAUGUUUCUCGGCCAGUAUUACUUGUACCGGGAGUAUGCACCAAUAGAAGCUGCAUUUGUAGCUGCUACCAAUAGGAUCGUGUGGGCUGUAGCUAUAUGCUGCAUUAUAGCGUUCUGCGAGUAUGGGACUGUUCCUAUAGUGUCUGACAUACUAAGCGUACCUCUGUUCACGCCGCUCAGCCGACUCUCAUACGGUAUCUACAUGAUACACCCUCUCAUCAUACAGCGGAAGACUUUCACGCAGAGGGCGCCUAUCACGUAUGAUUUGUUUUCAGUGAUAUUCGACACUACAGCUACCUUAGUGAUGUCAAUUAGCCUAAGCUUCGCCAUGUGGCUCCUCAUUGAAGCGCCGCUGAUCAACAUGAGUAAUCAUUUUCUCUUUAACAAGUCAAAAAGUAUUCAGACCAACAAAGAGUCAGAUAAAAAUGGUCACAUCUCUCAACAAAAUGGGACAGCGAAGUCAAAAACGUCGUGAAAAUCGACUUUAUAUUUACCAUCCAAAGAUAAAGAUAAAAAUAAUGACGCCUUAUAAUAGAAGUGCUA